AUGAGUAAGUGGAAAAACAUCGUAAACAGGAAAAGUAAAAACUUAUAAUUAAAUUAUAGACAAAUAUUAGAAUUCAUACUUGAAACUCAAAAUUAUGAUGAAAGAGAAAGAAUUUAUCGAAAACUAAAAAAACAACUAAAAGCUAAAAAUAGCAAGAAGAUAAGUCUUGAUACUGUGUUGGAUUAUAUAUUUUGAAUAUAAAAUAAAUAUUUAAUCUCAUAAAAUGGAUGUAAGACUACUUAAAUAUGACAUUUUUUCAUCACCAUUUGCUCAUAAACCUUCAAAAGGCUAUCUACCUAAAUACGCUGAUAGGAGUUUGACAUCAUUACUAAAAUAUAAAAAUGAAACAAUAAAACAGCCAAUCCAUUCAAAGAUAUUCAAACCUUAUGGAGAAGAAUCAGAAACAAAGACUUAGUAACUUAUGUAUACAACUGGGAAAUUAUCUUAUUCAAGUUCUGUUAAAAAUAUCAAUAAACUUCCAGAAGUUUAAUUAGAUCCAAAAGCCGUAAAAUUGCUUGGAUAAGGUAGACAUUAUUUAAGAAGUGAUUAUUAAACAAAAAGAAGAAAGAAGGAACAAACAAAAAAUAAUUAGCAAAUAAAAAAUCAUUCUUCUGAUUACCUAAUGUAAAAUAUAUAACUGAAGUUUUGUGAGAAAUCUGUAAAAUCGUAAUUCAAAGCAAAUCUAAUUUUUUUCAAGAAAACAAAAAAUAUUCCAGCUUAGAUAUAAUUGUUGAAGAAAGAGGAAGAAAAAAAAUCAAUGCCUGAAACAAAGAAUGACUUUUAUGAUUCUCGAUAAAGAAAAAGAUAGAUGCCUGCUUAAAAAUAAUAACAUACAGAUCAUUCAAUGUUUUCAAGCACUUUUAGAGAUAAUUUUUUGAAAAGUCAAAGAAGCAAUUUUCAUCCUAAACCGAUUAGUUAAGAAAAAUCUACAAGACAUGGACAUAAAAAGACCUAGUCUGUCUAGUAUUUUAUAUUAAAUAAAUUUAAUUAGAACACAGAAUUAAAUGGAAGAAGGAAAUAAAGAAGUACCUCUUUUUAGCAAUAAUCAUCAACCUAAUAAUUGA